AUGGCAACUCCGGAAGUGUAUUCUCCCGGGAUUUGCUGCAUGCGCAAAGUGCUUUAUGUACAUGCACAGAAGCAGUGCCUCUACUUGCAGAGUUUUUGCGGUACGUACGGACCCCCGGAACAAAUUACAUUCGUAUCCAGAGGGUCCUCUGUAAAUGUGCAGGGAUAUAUGUGACAUGUUCUGUUAUUAGUGGUCAUUCUAUUGAGUUCUGGGUUCGUGAAUUGUCUUAAACAGAAGAAAGGGAAACAGGAUAGAGAAGAAUUAACAGGUUAGCAGUUCACAUCGUAUAGCCAAACACCUAGUCAAGAGGCCUUUUGGUUGUGCUUAGAUUAAGUGUAAGUAAGAGUUAUUUUUCCUCUUCUGCUACCAAUGAAACAGCGGAAAAUCUUGGUCUGUUGAUGAAUUCGGGGGUGGGGGUGAGGUUCAAAGCGAGGAGAAUAAUUGCUGUAUUGAUGAAGAAAAGUUUUUACUCUUUGAUGCCUUACUGUGUUUGAUGUUCAUCUUAUUGGAAGCUGCUCAGAGUAGCUGGGGCAACCCAGUCAGAUGGGCGGCAUAACAGAAGUAGUAGUAGUAGUAGUAAUAGUAAUAGUCAUAGUAAUAAUUAUGUAUUACUAUUACAGUGGUACUUUGGGUUAAGAACUUAAUUUGUUCUGGAGGUCUGUUCUUAACCUGAAACUGUUCUUAACCUGAAGCACCACUUUAGCUAAUGAGGCCUCCCGCUGACGCUGCGCCGCCAGAGCACGAUUUCUGUUCUCAUGCUGAAGCAAAGUUCUUAACCCAAAUUACUAUUUCUGGGUUAGUGGAGUCUGUAACUUGAAGCGUAUGUAACCCGAGGUACCACUGUAAUUCGUUCCGGAGGUCCAUUCUUAACCUGAAACUGUUAUUAACCUGAGACAUGCUUUCGCUACCGGCACACGAUUUCCGUUCUCAACUUGGGGCAGAGUUCUCAACUCAAGGUAAUUCUUCCAGGUUAGCGGAGUUUGUAACCUGAAUCGUUUGUAACCUGACGUGUUUGUAAGUCGAGGUCCCACAGUACUGCGCUGAAAUUUAAAUUUAGACCAGCCAGACUGAGCCAAAUUCUGAUGGUGUGUGUCCCCCUACCCAAGAGAUAGUAACUUCUGCUUAUAUUUAAAUUUAGACCAGCCAGAUUAAGACAAAUUCUGAUGGUGUCUCUCCCCCCGAGUCUUUAUUUUUCUCUCGUGGAGUUUAAAAACAGCUUAAAACAACUUACAACCACAAUAUGUUCAGAGUCUGAAGUGCAGCCUUGAUUGCUAGCAAAAGCCAUCCACGUUUGUCUGGGGACAUUUUUCUGAUCUUGACAGAGUGCCAAUUUUAUAACAGAACAAUGCAUUUGCUUUGUAGGGUUUGCCAGCACCUCUAAUUCGGACGGGAAGAACUUUGCAGAAGAAAAAAGGGACUCCUUCUCAUCUCUUGGAAGCUUCCUGAGAGCACAGAUGGAUGAGCAAGACUCGGCUGGACCUAAAGCAGGAAUAGGCCCGGCCACUGAAGAUGGGAGCACUGAGGGAUUCUGGGAAAACGCUAUGCGGAAGAUCCUAUGUGAGGAGGACACCCUCCGCUCAGAUGUUCAGAGCCAGCAGCUCAAGCAGUUCUACCAGGAGGCCAAAGGACCCCGAGAGGUAUGCAGCCAAAUCUACCACCUUGUCUGUCAGUGGCUGAAGCCAGAAAGGAACACGAAAGCUGAGAUGCUGGACAUGGUGAUCUUGCAGCAGUUCCUGGCUGUCCUUCCACCCGAGAUAGAGAGCUGGAUGAUGGAAUGUGGAGCGGAGACCAGUUCCCAGGCAGUGGCCCUCGCCGAAGGUUUCCUCUUGAGUCAGGCAGAGGAGAGGAAGCAGGCAGAGCAGCAGGUGAGAGAGACUUUCCUCUGGAAACUCCCAAGGGGCUCCAAACCAGAGCAAGAGUAUCCCAAAAUGUGGUACUAAUGUCCCAUCCCUUUAUGGAUCGGAUCCUAGCAAUGCGAUCUGGUACCCCUAGAGUGUUUGCCUCUUCCGUUACUUUUCUAAUCCUCCUCCCAAUUAUCUCUUUUGAAUCUUUGUUGCUCUUUCAGGGAAAGGAUCUGAUGGCAGAAAUGGGUCCCGAUUCCUCAGAGGCAAGGAGGACUCCGAUGGAAACCAGAGAGAGACCACUGGGUAAGGAGAGUGUUAUUUCUCUCUUUGGUCACAUCCUAGGGAUUCGAUUCCGUGGGUUCUUUUCCUCUUUUAUGGGGAUGUGGUUGGGCCCAAGAGCCCAAAGGAGCAGAGAUGUAUUUUUGCACAACUAAAAGAUGAAGUUGUACAAAUGUCUCAGUAGGAUAGACUUCUUCAAAAGUCCAUCUGAAAUUAGAGAUGCAGUCCUGAACAUCGGAGAAAAGCAGGCAUUCAUGGCUUCCCACUUCCCUUUGUCUCUGGCAGGUGACCGGAUGAUGCCAGCAAGACCUCGUGCGUCUUUUCAUGGUGGAGAAGGGGAAGCAGCGGCUAUAGAAGCAGAUCAGGUAGGGGGCAUGAGACUUGUAGGGAGAGAGGGCGAGGGGUGGGGCAGCCAGAAUGCUUGGAAGAAAAAAUGUGGAGUUCCACCCAUUUACACAAAGAUUAGGACCCAUCAUUAAAAUAAUAAAGUAAUUCCAGCAAGAUGUUAAAAUAAGCAUUCAUACCAUGUGGAGCAAAACAAUCCCAUUUAAACAACACAGCAAUUAACAGGCAGAAAACAACGGAGCAAUGUGUGGUAGAUCAUCUUUAUGCUGUCUAAGAGGAGGACAUUUCCCUUUUUCUUUUAGGGUCUGGUGUGCUUUGAGGAUGUCGCUGUUAAUUUCACGGACAAGGAGUGGGCAUUGCUGGAUCCUGACCAGAGAGCUCUGUAUAAGGAGGUCAUGGAGGAGAAUCAUGGACUCCUGGAUUCUCUGGGUAAGAUUCUCUGAGGAUCAUCAUAUCUGUUUUGAAAUUCCAUAAAUUUCUCCUUGCGAUGAGUCUCCAAGGUUUGGAUGGAACUCAGUAGCGCCACCUACACCACCUGGAAAUCUAAUGCCCCCAGAAAUCAUUUGGAAUGCAGGGUGAUUGGCGGUGUUGUCUGCGAAUAUCUGUCAGUCAAUGGAGACAGAGCAGAUUUCGUGAUUGGGCCAAACAAAAUUAAUUGAAUCUCAGGUUCCCGUAAGUAUGUCAGCUAAUACCAGCCAACAAAGGCAGUUAACUCUGUAGUAAGAAUUCCCAUCUAAUCCCCUUCAUUUCUUCUUAUUUCACAACUGUUCAUUAGCGAUGUUCAAUAAUCAACAAUUGUGAACGGUCGUUCUUCCUGGGGCUCUAAUUAGUUUCUCUCUAUAUAUACAGUCAUACCUUGGAACUUGAAUGCCUUGGUACGUGUAUGCUUUGGCUCCCAAAUGAUUGAAAAUUCAAAAUGAGUGUUCCGGUUUUCGAACGAUUUUCGGAAGUCAAAUGGUCAGCGCAGCUUCCAAUUGAGUACAGGAAGCUAAGUCAAUUGGAAGCAGCGCCUUGGAUUUUGAUCAUUUCUGGGAGUCGAACAGAACCGUUCGAGAACCAAGGGACAACUGGAUAUUAGUGUAACAAUACCACUUAACAUCUAUAUGAUAUAAAAGGGAAAUUUAUUUUUAUUACACUGCAUUUGUUCCACAAUUUUUUUCCCUUUUUUAAAAAUCGUUCUUCCACACACUCUUUCCCUUUUUUAUUCCUUUCUCUUGUGUUACAUCUUUAUGAACAAAAUAUAUUUCAAUAAGAUAUUAAUAUUUUAAAAUGCAGUGGUACCUCGGUUUUCAAACAGCUUAGUUCUCAAACUACUUGGAACCCGAACACUUCAAACCCAGAAAUGAGUGUUCCAGUUUUUGAACCCUUUUCGGAAGCCGAACGUGCUCCAAUUUGAGUGCACACUUCUGUUUUGAGCGAGCAGCUUGUCCCAGCAGUGACUGCCACCACUACCUUCCCUUCCCUUCCCUCUGAUGGGAAGCGCCUCUUUCCUUGCUACAAAGUGGAGUUGGGUGGCUCCUCAGAAUGUAAGUGACUCCGGAGUAGGGAGACUUGGAAGUUGGCGACUCUCCCCCAGUGGUGGGGGCACUAUGCUGGGCAGGUUGACCUUCCCAUCCCUUUGCCUUCCCUCCCUCCCCUCGUCCCAAGCCCGACCCCAAGCAAGAUCCAGGCAAAGCAGCGUGGGUGCUACAUUCCCGAGCAGGAGAUAGGGGCGCUCGCACUGUGCGCAGGCUCCAGCCCACCUGACUCAGCAUCUGGCAGCUAGGAGAGCAGCAGCUGCCGCCUCCUCUCUGCGCUCUGGUGCUGCUGCUGCAUUCCUGUUCCAUCACGCCAGGGAUGUGCAGGCAGUACCGCCCUGGCUGGCCCAAGGCUGCCGCUUUGACAUGCUGCCCAAAGUGGAGACAGAAGCCCUGGGACUCGCCCAGGUGAAUGGGGAGCAUGGGCAGAUGCUGGAAAACAUGCAGAGGGGAGAGCAAGCAAGCGAGAGAGCUGCUUUGGGGAGAGAGAACUUUUCCCUCCCUUUCCUUCCUCCCACUUAAACUCCUCCCCCCCCCCCGCAUCCAGUUAGCCACAUCCUUCCCCACACGCAUCCUACGUGCACUCCUCUUCCCUCCAGUUUGAGUGUUUUCCGUUCCCCCCACUUAAACCCCCUCCCGCAUCCAGCUAGCCACCUCCUUCCCCACAUGCACCCCUAGUCCCUCCAGUUUGAGUCCCCCCCUUAAACUCCCCUCUUCCACCCCUGUCCCUCCAAUGGCAAUGGGUAGAUCACUGCCAGUUUUUGAUACUGGGAAGUAGAUGGCACCCUGGUUGCUUUCAUUUUAUGGAUCAACAGUCUCAUUAGAGAGUAAAAUUCAUGUUAAACUGCUGUUUUAUGGGUUGUUUUUAAUUGUCUGGAACGGAUUAAUCCAUUUCACAUUACAGUGGUACCUCUAGUUACGAACUUAAUUUGUUCCGGAGGUCCUUUCUUAACCUGAGGCAUGCUUUCGCUAAUGGGACCUCCCGCUGCCGCCACGCCGCUGGCACACAAUUCCCAUUCUCAUCCUGGGUCAAAGUUCUAAAGUCAAGGAAACUACUUCCAGGUUAGCGGAGUUUGUUACCUGAAGCAUUUGUAACCUGAUGCAUUUGUAACUCGAGGUACCACUGUACUUUCUAUGGGAAAGCUCGCUUUGGUUUUGGGAUACAAUUCAAGAACAGUUUAAGUUUGAGAACCAAGGUACCACUGUAAUCGGUUUUAUAAUUGCAGGUGGUGAUGAAAUGGAAAUUAAUAACAAGUGGAAGCAAUACAGAAUCCACACAGUGGAGAAGCAAUAUAAAUACUCAAAGUGUGAAGAGAGCUUUAGUCAGAGGUCCCAGUCCACUUCUCAUCAAAGAAAUCCCAUUGGGAAUAAACCCUAUCCAUGUUACGAAUGUGGAAAGACCUUCAGUCGGAGGGACUCUCUCACUUCCCAUCAAAGAAGUCAUACAAGGGAGAAACCCUAUCAGUGCUUCGAAUGUGGAAAGAACUUCAGUCAGAGCACCCAUCUCACUUCCCAUCAAAGAAUUCAUACAGGGGAGAAACCCUAUCAGUGCUUGGAAUGUGGAAAGACCUUUAGUCGGAGCGACUCUCUCACUUCCCAUCACAGAAUUCAUACAGGGGAGAAACCCUAUCAGUGCUUGGAAUGUGGAAAGAGCUUUCGUCAGAGUGGUGAACUCACUUCCCAUCAAAGAAGUCAUACAGGAGAGAAACGCUAUCAGUGCUUAGAAUGUGGAAAGACCUUUAGUCGGAGCGACUCUCUCACUUCCCAUCAAAGAAGUCAUACAGGGGAGAAACCCUAUCAGUGCUUGGAAUGUGGAAAGACCUUCAGUCGGAGUGACUCUCUCACUUCCCAUCAAAGAAGUCAUACAGGGGAGAAACCCUAUCAGUGCUUGGAAUGUGGAAAGAGCUUCAGUCAGAGCAGCAAUCUCACUUCCCAUCAAAGAAGUCAUACAGAAGAGAAACGCUAUCAGUGCUUAGAAUGUGGAAAGACCUUUAGUCGGAGCGACUCUCUCACUUCCCAUCAAAGAAGUCAUACAGGGGAGAAACCCUAUCAGUGCUUGGAAUGUGGAAAGAGCUUCAGUCGGAGUAGCAAUCUUGCUUCCCAUCAAACAAUUCAUACAGGGGAGAAACGCUAUCAGUGCUUGGAAUGUGGAAAGAGCUUCAGUCAGAGCAACUCUCUCACUUCCCAUCAAAGAAUUCAUAGUGGGGAGAAACCCUAUCAGUGCCAGGAAUGUGGAAAGAGCUUCAGUCAGAGCGCCUCUCUCACUUCCCAUCAAAGAAGUCAUACAGGGGAGAAACCCUAUCAGUGCUUCGAAUGUGGAAAGAACUUCAGUCAGAGCACCCAUCUCACUUCCCAUCAAAGAAUUCAUACAGGGGAGAAACCCUAUCAGUGCCAGGAAUGUGGAAAGAGCUUCAGUCGGAGUAGCAAUCUUGCUUCCCAUCAAACAAUUCAUACAGGGGAGAAACGCUAUCAGUGCUUGGAAUGUGGAAAGAGCUUCAGUCAGAGCAACUCUCUCACUUCCCAUCAAAGAAUUCAUAGUGGGGAGAAACCCUAUCAGUGCCAGGAAUGUGGAAAGACCUUCAGUCGGAGUGACUCUCUCACUUCCCAUCAAAGAAGUCAUACAGGGGAGAAACCCUAUCAGUGCUUGGAAUGUGGAAAGAGCUUCAGUCGGAGUAGCAAUCUUGCUUCCCAUCAAACAAUUCAUACAGCGGAGAAACGCUAUCAGUGCUUGGAAUGUGGAAAGACCUUCAGUCGGAGUGACUCUCUCACUUCCCAUCAAAGAAGUCAUACAGGGGAGAAACCCUAUCAGUGCCAGGAAUGUGGAAAGAGCUUCAGUCACAGCUACAAAUUCACUUCCCAUCAAAGAACUCACAGUGGGGAGAAACCAUAG